AUGAUGCUAAGAAGCUCAUCAACACCAAUUCUCGGUUCCCUCCUUCCAUCAUCAUCAUUCUCAGACAGCCCCAACAACCAUUCCGAACUCAAUGGUCCCACACAGAAGCCCCCCACAACAAACACCACCACCCACGGCAGAAUCAUCUCAUGUGGGCCCCACCACAGCUGCCGGAAAAAGCCCCUGCUCCGGUCCCCCUCGCCGGCCGGGCCGGAACCCGGUGGUGGGUUCCGAAGGAUUCAGUCUGAAGGGAAUCUCGACGAACUAUUAGCCGACGACGCUGCUGACGAACUAUUCGCGCUUCCCAAGAAGCCCGCCGCCGGGAAAACGAGCUGCCGCCGGACUCUUGAGGCCAUCCCUUCUUUCUCGUCCCACCAAUCGACACCUUCUUCAGAAAACGGCGAAGAAUUCGAGUCGGGAGGUUUCUUUUUUAGUGGGUCGAAGAAGAUCGAGAGCUUGGUCUCGGAGAAUGUGAGGGAUAGCAAUGUGGGUUUGAGCUUUGGAGACAUUGGGAAGAUGUAUUUAGCCGCGGGGCUCGGGGUUUCUGGUAUUGGUUAUAUUAAUUUUGGCGGGAAUGGUGGUGGUGGUGGUGGUGGUGGUGGAGGGAGUCAUCGGUCGGUUGAUUUCGAUAAAGAAGGAGGUGAUGUCAGCGUGGAAGAACAUUACCGGAGAAUGAUGGAGGAAAAUCCAGGCAAUGCAUUGUUUAUGAGCAAUUAUGCUCAGUUUUUGUAUCAGAAGAAGAAAGACUUCAAGGGAGCCGAAGAAUAUUACUCGAGGGCCAUUUUGGCAGACCCAAAAGACGGCGAGAUCCUUUCGCAGUACGCUAAGUUGAUAUGGGAGCUUCACCGCGACAGAGAACGAGCUAACAACUAUUUCGAACGAGCAGUUCAAGCAUCUUCACAAGACAGCCACGUACACGCGGCCUUUGCUAGUUUUCUGUGGGAUACAGAGGAUGAUGAUGAAGAAGAUGAAGAAGAUAAUUUCCUGGCCGGGAAGCAACUCGUUCGACAUGGAUUCAUGGCACCUGCAACUGCUUAA